AGUCUACUCACUGACACCUGCAACAACUAAUUAACCUAAAACUAAUACAAUUCAAUUCACUAGGCUAAUAGGCCUACUAAUUCAGAUUCAGCCAUGGAAAACAUUUUGUGAAUUUCGUCUAUCCUUAUCCUAACGUAAACGUGACGUGAAUCAAUUGUGAAACCUAGGCCUAACCUGAAAAUUGAUAACAUUUUUAAGAUUAAAAGAUUCAUAUUAGCAUAGGCCUAGCCCAGUAGGUGAAUUAGUAAAAUGUAAAUUCUAAAUUCUAAUGUAAAUUAAGUUAGAAUUGGGUAAAUUCAAAUUUGUUCAACAGAAACAAACAAUGGUUGUGUGCAAGUAUUUCAUGGAUGGCUAUUGUAAGUAUGGUGUAAGGUGUAAGUUUGACCACGUUGAACCUUAUAGAGGGUACGAUUCGUCAAGAAGUGCAGAUUAUUCUUCCGAAAGACCUCAAGGAACUUCAAUAUUGAAAGCUGCCACCUCUUCGUUUGGCCACUCUCAACAGAGUUAUGACCAAACUCACCAGCAUAGCUUCAGUCAACAUAGCUUCUCUUCUCCGCAUUCCUACAAUCAAACUCCUCAACAUGCGUUCACUAAUCCUCAGAAACCUUCAGGAAUGAAAUACAACGUUCAGGAAAUCAUGCAGAUUGUUUUGAGAGACAUAACACAGUUAGAGAAGGGAGGCCAGUGGCAGUUGUCUUGCUACAGUCCUCUCAAAGAACUUCCCAACAUGCCCGGACUGGAGGACUACUCUCCCGAAGAGUUGCGCUGGGAGUGUUACAAGGCUUUGCAGAAUGGCUCAUUGCCUUUGUGUCAAGUCAUUGUACAGCAAUUGUAUGGGAAUGUUGCCAAGAUCAUCAAUGAACUCAAGAGAAAAGAUUCUGGAUAUUCAAUAAUUGACAGAUGGUUGCAAGAGAGUGAGCAACAAAGGGUGCAAACCAAAGAUCAACCUUCAACAAUAUUUUCCUCACCUUUUGUAGGGAGCAGUGUCACCGAGCCUCCAACACAGCAAGCGCAACCAGCUUCCAUCUCUUUCUCUCUUCAGCAGCAACAGCAACCACAACCGUACCAACAAAACAAUCCUUUGUUCUUGAAUAGCCAGGCUUCCCCUGUAUUCUCAAGUAAUCAAAAUACAUCGCCUUCACCACCCAUUUUCCCCAGUAAUCAAUCAACUUCGGCUUUUGCCUCGCCUCUCUCAGUUUCCCGCACUCUGGUUGACAAUCAAGCGUACUCAGCCAAAGAAGCCUUGACAGAGGCGGAGCUUGUAGCUUUCCAAGCAGACAGGUUUGUACUUGGCUCAAUACCAAUUAAACCUCCACCAAGGAUGUUUUGCAAUAUGUAAUUCACUUAUAAUAUGUUAAAUAUUAUGAACUUUGUCUGGAAACAUUAGCAUUAAAGAUUUUUCCUUUAGAA